AUGAGGGAUCCCGGACCGUCGGGGCUUCUGCCGAGGAGAAACCAGGAACAGGAAGAGAUGGCAGAGAGGCCUGGCACCGAUGAGAAGAGAGAAAUAGACGGAAGAAGCGAACGGGAGAACGAGGUGGAAACCGACGACGUCUCAGAGACAAUGGAGCUGGAGGACUUAACCUCAGAAAGACUUGAGAGAGCAGUAGGUAAAAACCUAGCCGCAGUCUUGACGAAAGCGACAAUGCAAGCAAAGCUGUCGGUAAAGAAAACGGGAGAGAUAAACGAAACCCCGAAGGCUGGAACCUGGCUACCAGCCCCGAUACAGCUUGCUCCCCAGGAGACUCCGACACGAGAUGCGGUGCUCGCGGCUCCGAGACUCAAGGCCCCCACCAGCUCGGAAAUUCGCAGGGAGUCGAAACCGAACUCCGAGAGGGUGAACAAAAGGAAGACCCUCCUAUCUCCAGAGAAGGACGAGCUGGAGAAGCGACCUCGAAAGAUAGACACCAUGGAAGAAUUAAUGUGUCUCGUCAGAGAGAGGAUCGAGACCUACGUCAGAACAAAGGUGCAGGGGAUCAAGAAAGAAGAGAGACCGAACACCGACAGGAAGGUGAAAACCUUCACCGACAGCCUGAUGCGAUCCACCGACAGACUCGAGAGAGAAAUCGUGGAGGCGAUAGAGGAAAGUUUCGCCACCCAGAAGGAGAAAAUCGAAGCAAGAUGCCGAGUUACGCCGCGCUGCACAUGCGAAAGGAGCACCCAGACCGAGAAACUGAGAGGACCGAGAUCACAGGAGGGAGCGGCACAGGCAGAGGAAAUCAGAGAGAAAUUUAUCAGCUUGAAAACCGUGGAAGACAUGGCAGAACUUGCCGAGACAGAGUGGCCGAGGGACACUUGCUCAAGAGUGAGCACCACAAAAACGGGAAUCAUGUCGAACAGAAGUACGAAGAUCCUCAUUGUCGAUCCUGAAGACAAGGAGCAGAGGACGACCAAUGUUCUAGAACAGCUGGAGAAGUCUUCCCCAGCAAUAAGAGGAGUAAGAUCUCUGGACGACGGAGAAGUCGCAAGCACCGAGACCAAUACACCCUCAGCCCUAAUGAGAGAUUUUGGGGAUCGCGUGGAAACCGAGAGAAGGACUCUCAUCAUCGGGAAAAGCCGAGGGAUGGCGAAAACAUGUGACAUGAUCGAAGUCAUACAGAAAAUAGCGCUCAGGGCGGACCUGCUCCGCACGAAAGAGGAUGAAAAGAUCCUGAUACAGAUUCCGAGUACGUGGGACGCUGUACUGACCCAGAAGUUGCUCGAGAUAUGCUGGAACAGGAACGACAUCGGCUCGCACGCGGAGAUCUCCAUGAAAACCCGGCGAACGAAAAAUACAGAUCGAGCGAAGACUAACAACGAUCCGGAAUGGAAGAAACAGCGUUCGAGGAACACCCAAGGAUCAGUUAUCAUCGGAAUCCAAAAUGAAUCGUUCGCUGAAGUUCUGAUGAAGCUCAGGAAGGAAGUCGACAUGGAAAGCCUUGGCGUAGACAUCCGGGGAGUAAAGCAAACGGAACAAGGGUUGAAGCUCCGAGUGAGAGAAAGGCGAACAGGAGGUCAAACAAGGCUGGCACAGUACAUCGAGGAACACAUGAGUAUGAAAACUCACGUCAGGGUGCCAGCUCAGAACACCAUCCUUGCCAUCUACAACAUGGACCUAGCGACGAGCGAAGAGGAGAUCGAAAGAACUCUACGGAAGACCAUCAGCCUCAGGGCGGAGACUCCGAUCAAAGUUGAGAAAAUAAGAACCAACGAGAAAGGGCAGAGAUCAGCUCUCGUCAGACUUGCGCGACCGGACGCCGACAGACUCCUGAGGCUUGAGCGAAUCAAAAUUGGCUGGGAAAUCUGCAGAAUCCGAGAAUGGCAGACGGUUGCGGUUUGCUACAGGUGUCAGGAGAUCGGCCACCGUGCGCACGAAUGCAAAGAGAAAGAAACCAAGGCGAAAGUAUGCUACAAAUGCGGCAAGGAGGGACACCUCACCAAAGCCUGCGAGGAGACUGAGGUAUUCUGCCAGAACUGUCAGGCAGAGGGACACUCCAAGACCAGAGCCGCACACGCCGCGCUGGAAAUGCAUGUACAAAACCAUGGAAUAGAUAUCUGUAUACUUAGCGAAGUCAAUAAGAAAAUAUCCGAGGCAUACGGCAAGAGAGACGAGGGAUGGCUUGCAGAUGAGACAGGAGACUCGGCCAUCUGGAUCACCGGGGUAGGGCCCCAGCUCAGGGUUCGGAACUCGACCACAAGCCAGGGACUCACCCAUGUAGAACUCGAGGACGGACCCCACCUAGCAAGCUGCUACUUUUCCCCGAACAAGAGUGACGAAGAAUUCGUGGACUACCUCGAAAGCAUACAAGAUCUCAUUAGAGACAAGCAAAUGUACGCAUGGAUAAUCGCGGGAGAUUUCAACGCGGCGUCCUGUACCUGGGGAAGCCGCAGAACAUCGCGAAGAGGAUACGAGCUCGAAGAGUUUGCCGCCACGAAUAAUCUAUCCAUUCUGAAUGAUGGGGAAAGUCCAACGUUCACGAAGGGAGUACUGCAGUCCUUCAUAGACAUCAGUCUAACUAACAGACCGGAGCUCGUGGAAUACUGGAGCGUGAAGGAAUCGACAGAGAUGAUCAGCGAUCAUCAGCCCAUAGAACUGCAUUUUCGCACCGGGAGGCAGGCCAGAGGGGAACAACAACCCUACCAGAAGAAAUGGCGAGGAAGAGACCUGUGUCGACAGGAGUUCUUCUCGAAGGUAGAUUCGGCUUGCCAGGAAGCGAAGGACAGAAAGACAAUCGUAGACGACAAAUUCGUAUCUGAACUCCUUUCCGCAGCAUGCAGUGCCUCGGCCCCACAACACUCGAGUCACCUCAGGAAGAAAAAACCUGUCUAUUGGUGGACUAAGGACAUUGGAGAGGCGAGGAGGCGGUGUAUUCAUGCAAGGAGGCUCUUCACCCGCGCAAGGAAACGAGCCCAAGACAACCCGGUCGGAGUCGAAGUCCUAAGGACAGCCUACAAGGCCGCGAGAGACAGCUAUCAAAGCGAAAUUCUCAAGAGCAAGCGACAAAAAUGGAAAGAGCUGUGCGAGUCAGUGAAGAACGACAUAUGGGGCCUCCCAUACCAGAUUAUUCGAGAAAAAAUCGGCAGGAGAAGGCUCAAGAUACCGAGAGAGAAGACGGACAAAGCGAUCGCGGAGCUCUUUCCGAAAGGAACACCCUUCGAGCGACCCAAGUUCCUUGUGAAUCCGACAGAAAUCCCGAAAAUUACAACCCAAGAAGUGAGAGCCGCCGCCGAAAAACUCGCGACUGGGAAGGCCAACGGCGCGGACGGGAUUCCACCCGAGGCAGUCAAGCUACUGAUGAGCCGAUGGCCCGAAAUUUUCGCAGAAAUGGUGGAUAACAUCUUAGCAACAGGGGACUUCCCGGAAAGAUGGAAAACCGCCCAGCUGAUUCUUAUCCCGAAAUUAGGAAAGAAGGACGCGUAUAGACCAAUAUGCCUCUUGGACACGACCGCAAAGGCUGUCGAAUCUAUCCUGAACCGGCGACUCCAAGAGGAACUACAGGACAAAGGAGCCCUCUCCGACAGCCAAUACGGCUUCCGACCCAAGAGGUCCACUAUUACAGCCUUGGAAAACGUGUAUGAUGCCGUCAACAUGGAGCUGCAGAAACCACCAUGGCGGAGAGCGAGAACGCUCAUCGUGCUUCUCGAUGUUAAGAACGCCUUCAACUCCGUGGAAUGGUCAGUGAUCCUGAAGAACUUACGAUCGAAGGGCAUAUCCGAAUAUCUCCAGAGGACUCUGUCAUCCUACCUCAAAGACAGACACAUCAUCGACGAAGAUGGAAGAAGACACGGAAUGACAGCCGGGGUCCCGCAGGGCUCUGUGCUGGGACCUACGCUGUGGAAUAUAGC